UCCUUCCUAGCCGUGUCUUGCAGCUGAUCGUGCCGAGCUUGUGGGAGGUGGUGAACAAGGGCGACAGAUGCUACGGGUGGCCAGGCCGCUGCUGACAUGUGGACGCCGCUCGAUCAGCACGACCAGCGCCGAGGUGGGCCGGCUGCUCGACCGCUACCCCGUCGACCGCCUCGGACCGCAGCCGGGCGAUGAAGCGGUGCUCACGCUCUCUGGCGGCGUCGACUCGUCUGUGGCUGCCUUUCUCGCCAUCGAGCGGGGCGGGCUGAAGCCGGUGCGGACCAUCUUUAUGCGCAACUGGAACAGCCUCGACGAGGCGCAGACCUUUGAGCCCGGCGCGGGCGGCAGCACGGGCUGCACCUGGCUGCGCGACUGGCGCCUCGUCGAGCGCACAGCCAGAGUGCUGGGCCUCAAGGCCGAGCUGAUGGACCUCUCGACGGAGUACUGGAACCAGGUCUUUGCGCCCGCGCUCGACGACUGGCAGCGGGGCACGACGCCGAACCCGGACGUGGCGUGCAACCGCGAGAUCAAGUUCGGGGAGCUGCUGCUGCGUGCGGGCCUGGCCGAGUCUUUCCCGUCUCUCACAUCGAAUGCAAGCCCGAGUGCGAGCCCGGGACCCCGACGAUGGCUCGUUACGGGCCACUAUGCCCGGCUGGCCUACCACCGCGGCACCGGAGACAGCACCGUGCUGGGCAGCCUGCACCGCGCCAGUGAUGCGACCAAGGAUCAGUCGUACUUUCUCAGCGCCGUCGCCGCCGACAAGCUCGGCCGAGCGCACUUCCCGCUGGCCAACCUGACCAAGGCGGAGGUGCGGUCGAUUGCGGCACACGUCGGCCUGCCCACGGCGGCGAGCGAGGAGAGCAUGGGCCUGUGCUUUGUCGGCGAGCGGGGCACGCGAGGACACGCCCGCUUCCUUGCGAGCUACAUCGACGCGCGGCCGGGCAACAUUGUCAGCCUGGAUGGUCGCACCGUCGGCCGGCACGAGGGCCUGCACACGCUGACCGUGGGGCAGGGUGCACGCAUUGGCGGGGCGUCGACACGCUGGUUCGUGGCCAAGAAGAAGCCCGAGACCAACGAGAUUGUCGUCGUGCCCGGUGCAGACCACCCGCUGCUGCGCUGCCGCUCGCUGCACAUCGACGCCUUCCUGCCCAUCAGCGCCCGGGGAAGUCUUGUUGAAUCGCUCAGAGGGUCGGACGGACAGCAGCGGCCGCGGCUGCUGGCCCAGAUCCGGCACCGGCAGGCGGCUGUGGCCUGCACCGUGGCGCGUCUGCCGCCCAGCACGCCCGGCGACGACGACGACGACGCGCAGCCUGCGGUCGAGGUCGCGUUCGACGAGCCCGUCGUGGGCGUGGCACAGGGGCAGACGUGCGCGCUGUACGACGGCGACGAGUGCCUGGGCAGCGGCGUCAUCAGCCAUGUAUCACUAGCCGAGUAA